UUUAUCAAGCCAGUUCUUCAGCAAACCACACGCUUUUCAGUUGUGCCCCAGAGGACACAGUUGUGCUCAAGUAUGGCCCACUGUGCAGCAAGCCAAAUGACCCCAUCUGAGGAAAACUGUCCUAUCUGUUUCAGCACACUGCAAGAUCCACAUCAACCUUCUGGCUGUUCUCAUGUCUGCUGCCGAACCUGUCUGAUACAGUCUUUGACUCACCUACCCCACUGCCCCGUGUGCAGAGCUAAGACAGAGGUUGGUGACAUCGUGCCAGCAGGUGACGCCACCAGGCUGGGUCAGCCUCGCCGUGGCCUGUCAGGGUUCUCCAUGCCGGCAGCUGGAUCCGUGAACAGUGGUGUACAGGACCAGAUCAGGAUGCUGCAAUUGGCGACAGGAAGGAGCAUGGCCAAUCAGAGUCCAUCCAUCGCUACAGCCCCUCCCCUUCGCAUGCCAAGAUUCCUCCCCAGACAUUCCCUCUUCGCCACUCCAGAGGACUCCAGAGACUUCUAUAUGUCUAUGAGCUGUACCUCUUCACCAACGCCAACCACCAACACUGCCAAUCCUUUCACCCCUGCUGACAAUACCUACAUGACUAUGGCUCGAAUAUCUGCCCCCACUGCCCCAGCACCCAUACCUGCUCCGCGCACCUUUCGCUUCCAACCUUGGCACCGCCUCCGGACAGGCUCUGCCCCAGGAUCGCAGCUCUGGGACAUUGGUCAGCACACACCCUUCCCGUCUCAAAGACACACUUCUUUGGCCUCCAGGGCAUCUCCGUCGGUGCUAGCUGCUUCACAGGCUAUGGCUGCGCUGGAGAGUUUUGACGAUGACAUACCUUUCUCCUUCACUGAUGAUGAUGCUCUGGUGAGGACGUUUGUCUGUCCAUUCUGUCUGCACAGUGAUCUAGAUGAGAUGGAGCUGCUGGAUCACUGCAAUGAUAACCAUUACUAUGACAAGAGACCCAUGGUGUGCCCUAUCUGUGUUUCUUUGCCUUAUGGAGACCCAAACCAAAUCAGCAAGAACUUUAUCAGACAUCUGAACCUAAGGCACUGCUACAAUAUCGUGGACUACACGAAUCUCCAUCAAACCGACACAUCGAACCUGCAAGUUGCCAUUUUUGAGUCACUCCAGGAUGUGAACAGGAAUACAGCUGAUUAUUAAUAAUCUAGAUACAACAUACUCAUCAUCAUUUCUAUACUAAGGAAAGAUCAUGUGCAAUAUUUUGGUUCUAAAGGUGCUCACCUAAGCAUUUAUGAACAUUGUAAUGAAAUGUAACAUAGAUUUUUCUUUCUUUUAAAUCUGUUAAAGGGUUCCUGCUACUAGCAUCUCUCAAACAUUUGCAGAUAACUAGACACUCAAUCCAGGACAAUGCAAUGUAAUGUAUACUGCACAUUUUCCAUGAAUCAAUCAUCAAAUGUAUCAGUUAUAAUACGGAAUAUAUUUGUAUAAAUUUUGAUGUUUGAUGUUCACUCAAAUAAAGAAUGUAUUUUGUAAUGUAAA